UGAAACGCGCGGAAUGGGCUCAACAUGGCGGAAACUCUAGCGCUUAGCCCGGUUCUUACCGUCUCUCGGUCCCGCUGCAGAGCAAGUUUCUUCUAAAGUUUCCCAGAGGAGUUCUUCUGGAAGAGACCGUUAAGCUGCGGUGAAGAUGAACGGCGCAGAGCUCCAGGCCCCUGCAGCCCUGCCCUCAGAUCACCUGCUGCGCUCCGGAGCGGUCAUAUUCCCCGGUGCCUUUGACCAGCACGGCUGUCCUCUGGUGGUGUUUCCAGCUGAGGCUCAGGGUAAACUCCCAGAGGAGCUCAGCAGAGAGGAGCUGUCCCACUUCAUACACUACUGUCUGCGCCUGCACAACAUGAGAGGCGAGGACAGCCUGCUGUCUGUGGUUGUUGAUUUGAGGCAAGCCAACCUCGCCAUCGCACGCUUCAUCGCUGAAACUCUCCUGUUGUUGGAGGUUUCCAGAAGGAUCAUCCACUCUGUGUAUAUUGUUCAACCAAAGAAGAAAGAUGUCCUGAAGCAGCUGGGGAAACUCCUGACACCGAGUGGCUCCAAGCAGCACAGACCCGUCCUCUUCAAACGCAUCUUCCUCAAAGAGGUUUUUGAGCUUUCCAACUACAUCGACAGAAGCCAGCUACCGUCUAGUUUGGGUGGAUACCUCAUAUACUGCCAUAAGAGCUGGGUUGCCUUCGUUAAGGAGGUCGAUGCGUUUGUGCAGGAGUUCCUGUCGGUGGUGAACCGUCUGCCGUCCUGUAUCUGCACUCUGCAGGCACUCGCCAAGCGUCCCGUCCCAGCAGACCUGGAGCGGCUGCAGGAGUUCUGCUGUGUGAACCAGGCGCGCUUCCAGCAGCUUCGGAGGGAUCUUGGUUUGGAUGACUUGUUGAAGCACUGCGAGGGUUUGUUGGAGAAGCUGCGUUUCCCUGAGAAAGAGCCCUGUUUUCACGCAAUGGCUGGAACGCUGCUCUACUCUCUCACCGCACUAGAGAUGCUCCACAACUACAACCGGAUAACCGCAGCGGUGGAGAAAGUGGAGUUGCUGUGGCAGCAGGCGUUUUCCAGAGCCCACGUCCAGCUGCAGCUCCUCCAUCUGCAGCGAGAGGCCCAGCAGAUAAAGGAGCAGAUGGUUGCGUUGCACUGGGAGAAAGUUCAGCCCUACAGGAUUGAAGUGGCCAAAGACGUGCACAGAGCUGAAGAGCUCCGGCUGGACUUUGAGGCUUCAGUAUACACUCAUGCAAUGGCGCUGGUUCGUCGCGCGGAGGACGUCAUGCACACAUUAGCGGAGACGGUUCCGCUCCGCGAGAGAAAGCCUGCGGAGCCGUGGCUGGAGGACUUGGCCAGAUUGAAGGAGAACCUCUGCUCUGCUGUUCAGCGUCUGUAUCAGACUCUGAGGACCGUGUCUGACUACCAUCACACCUGCAACAGAGUUAAGAGCUGGUAUGAUCUAGUGCUGCGCGAGAGCCUCCUGCAGGAGCUGCUGUGGAGUGGACACUGUGAGCUCAGCCGAGCCCCAGACCUGUCCAGCUGCAGGAGAGGAGUCCAGACCUUCCUCAGGAGAAACCCCUGCCCGGAGGUGCUGGAGCUGGUGAAGCUGGCGCAUUUCGCUGAUGCUAUAACUGACCCACACUUUCAGCACACUGGCUCGCAGCUGUCUCACAGAUGCAUGACUCUGAGGAGACUCUUGACCUCCGCUGGGGCCGUUCCCCUUCACGACCUUCAGCUUGCCCUCCAGUGGCAGUAUGAGUUCCUCAAGGGUCACCACAGGACCUCUAACAUCACUUCCCCCGGGGACGAGCGCGUUUCCUGCCGUCUGCCUCCAGACUCGUCCGCUCGUGCAGUUUCUCCGUGUGAGAGCUUGUGUGAUUUAGCCAAGUGGCCUUCUGUUGGUGACUGCCGUCACCAGAUCUCUGCAGGCAAGCCUCCUUCUCUCAGCUCCUUUGACUCUGGUUUCGAUGGAGCGGCUAGCAGUCACCUGGACCGCAGGAGUAGAAGAGAGCCGCUGCCUAGGAUUCUGGGAAAUGGAGACUUUUCCGCUUUCAAGUCGAGACCUCUGCAUGGGCAGAUUGACGAGGAGAACAUUGUGAGCGUGUCUGAUUCUGAAGACCAGCGUGAAGAGCUAGGGUUUAGUUUAAAGCGGGACUCCACUCGUGCCAGCAUUCAGAUCGUUCCCAGAAUUACCUCUGACUCUCUGAACCUUGAGAUCAAGGUGAAGCGCUCCGCUACGCUGCCCAAGAACCCCUGGCUGAGCCUCCCGAUAGAUGAUCUGGAGAGCUCUUAUACGGUCACCAUUACACCCAGCUCUUCCAGAGAUCGGCCCGCUCCGACGGAGGAGCUGGGAUCCGCUCCGCACCAGAGUCAGGAGAGCUUUGAGGAGUCGGAGCUGGAUCCUGUGGGAAACGUUCUGUCCAGUACCUUAACAGAUAAUGAAGACAAGCCCAGCAGCACACUGGAUGAUCCUUCUCUUCUCUGGGACACGUUUGAUCUGCACAAUCUCAGACAGGACUCUUACGAACGGUUAGACGUGUCUCUCGGUGACUGGGUUCAGAGAGAGCAACAAGAGCUGAGAGAGGUGGAGGAGACUUUAGACCGAGCAGCUGAGAUCCUACAGGAGGAGGAGAAUGUGCUUGCACAGGAGGUGGUGCUGGAUGAGCUGCUGAGGUCCGAGGACUUGCACAAACACUGGCCCUUAUGGACUGAAGGACACCAGCUCAGUACGAUGUCCCCAAGAGAGCUGGCUGAGUCUGGCGUGAUCGGAUUGCACGACGAUGUCCUUCAGAGUGACCUCACUUCCCCUGACUCGGACACGCUGAGAUCCUGUGAGGUUUGUGAAGAUGACUCGGACACCUCGGGAUUAUCCAAUAAGAGUCCAUCCACAUGUGAAGGGCCUGUGCAGCGGGACACGGGGUGUCCUGAGGAACACCGAAGCGGGAUCCUUCGAGAGCUGAGAGGCAUUCAAGUUCUCGAGGAGCAAAUUAUGCAGGAGUGCGUGAAGCUGGAGGCACUGUGCUGCAGAGAGACGGAGAGUCUGGGCUCCGAGGCACCGGCGCCUGAUCAGGUCAGGGAGAGGAGCGUGUUCCUGCAGCAGCUGGAGAAGAUGGAGAGAAGCCUGGGCAGAGAGACUGAGAGAGUGGGCAAGGCCAAGAGGAGGUCGAGCAAAGGCCGCAGGGUUGUGACGUGUUCGGUCAUGACGCUGAAAGAUCUGGACGAUGAGCUGUUGAGGAGCUGUGGGCUCCAGUCGCUUCCAGAUGCUGAGAAAACCUCUUCAGAUUUGGUUUCAAACGCAGAGGAGUGCACCAGUCCGAGUCCAGCUGGAGAUGCUGAUCUCACCGACUCGAGUUUGACUUCUGAGCCUGCUUCUACCGCGAGCCUCGGGCGUCUCGACUCUGAAUCCCUUCAGUCUCGUCACAGUGAGCCUGUUGCGUCGAGCGGUUUGUCGGAGACUGGAAAACUGGAAGUUAUCCCGCCCAGCGCAGACGUGUAUCCUGAGCAUUCGGAGGAUGAAGCGUCUUCCUGCGACGGUCCAGACAGUGCAGAUCUGCUGGAGACGGGAGAAGCGUGCUCGACUCGGGACUGCGGUGAUGUGCGAGGUGCGUUUGAUCCUGGAGGUGUCUCUGACGAGAGCGUCGACCGCGCUUGUGGACGAGAGGAGAGACGUCCAUCAGACUGUGAUGCGCGGGUGGGCUCAGGCCUGUCCGUCGUUCCCUCGAAGCUCAUGCAGAACAAUAACAACAACACCGCAGUGCUGUGCAGUGGAGAGAGCCCAGGACGCUCCGAGGACUCCAGGUCUGCGGUCUGUGACGGUGGAGGAUCCACGAGAGUGGCCUGCGGAUCUACUCUCCAGCAGCUGCAGCUCCACACAUCCAGCAGACAGAUGAGUGAUUAUAAGACGCCCAUCGUGCUGGACACAGGCUCCGGUCUGAUGAAGGCUGGGUUUGCAGACCAGGACCUUCCAACUACAGUGUUCCCCACCGUCAUCGGCCGUCCCAAAUAUGAGGAAGUAAUGAACGGCAGUGUGGACCGAGAGCUGUAUGUGGGGCAUGACGCGCAGCACAUGAGAGGAGUGCUAGUCCUGAAGUAUCCCAUCAGAAACGGCAUCGUGAGCAGCUGGGAUGAGAUGGAGAUGAUCUGGCAUCACUCGUUCCAGCAGCUGUGUGUGUCACCUGAGGAUCAUCCGGUGCUGUUGACCGAGGCCGCCAUGAACCCGCUGCAGAACCGCCAGCGCUCGGUGGAGCUGAUGUUUGAGGCCUUCAGCGUCCCGCUCGCCUUCGUGGCCCUGCAGGCCGUUCUGGCGCUCUACGCCUCGGGACGAACCACCGGGGUGGUGCUGGACUCUGGGGACGGCGUCAGUCACAGUGUUCCUGUGUUCGAGGGUUACUGUCUGCCUCACGCCGUGCAGCGCUUUGACUUGGCCGGAUCCCACGUCACCCUGCAGCUCCAGAAGCUGCUGCUGGAGCAGGGUGUGUGCAUGCAGACGUCUGCCGAGCUGGAGAUCGUGCGUGAGAUGAAGGAGAGGUGCUGCUGUGUGGCGCUGGAUUACGACGCAGAGCUGAAGAGCUCCUCAGAGGUGCACUACACGCUUCCUGACGGGCGGAUCGUCUCGCUGGCCUCCGAACGCUUCCGGGCACCGGAGAUCCUCUUCAGGCCGGAGCUGAUCGGGCGAGAUCAUUAUGGGAUGCACGAGAGCGUCUUCAGAUCCGUCCUGCAGUCAGAUAUCGACCUGCGGCGCAGUUUUGUGGGAAACGUCCUGCUGUCAGGCGGGAACACGCUGCUGUCGGGGCUCCCUGCGCGUCUGCGGCACGAGAUGCGGCUCCUGUGUCCCGCGGAUCUGAGCGUGAGCGUCAGCAGCCCGAGCGAUCGAGACUUCUCCGUGUGGCGCGGCGGAGCGGCUCUGGCCAACAUGGCCGACCUCUGCGGCGCCUGGAUCAGCGCAGACGAGUACGAGGAGUUCGGCCCGCAGAUCGUCUUCAGGAAGUGCUUCUGAGCAGCGCUUUUAACACUUUUAGACAGGGUUUUUGCUGUUUGUGGUGCUGUAGAGUGUAUUAAUGGUGCCAAGUGUUGAUGCGAGUCUUGUAGGACUCCAUGUGUUUUUAGAUUCCAAGAGAAAAAUGAAUGACCUUUUUAAGCUCUACAUGCAUACACUGGUUGUAUCAAUCAGAUUGUUUGUCUCUUUGCCACUUUAAUUAUAAUCUAAUCAAUCAUGACUAAUAUGUAAAUUUGUGUGUUUAAUAUAUCUAUGAGAUAUUAAUGUGACCUUUUCAGUGUUUUGGUGCUUUUCAUGAGGCUCACGUUGCAACUAUUACUUGCGUCUGUGAAUCUGGUUCACAUGGACAUGAGGCUUCACUGUAUUAGACGUGCUGCGGAUCCUUUCCUCCAUCGUAUGCGUUUCUCAGCGGUUCCUCAGACACGUGUGUGUGUGUGUUUUGAUUUGCUGAGCAGGAUUGGUUUGAUUUGCAUGAACCUCACGUCACCUCUUUUCAUCUGUAUUUUCACUUGGGUUGCUUUAUCUGAGGUGGUUUUGAGCUGCAUAUGGAUCCGUCAGCGGCUCGUGUGUUGAUCUCUGUGAGGUUUGCAUGAUGUUGAUUAGCUGAUCCACAUCCUCUUGUGUUCAGUUUAAAGCGCUCCGUAUGUUGCUCAGUGUGUUUGCCUUGAGUGCACGGUGAGCCCAGCACGUGUUUAGCAUCAGUGUCUGUUAACCGGCUAAUGUCUGGACCUUUUUACAAUAAAUAUGAUUUCUAAACAAG